AUGCAACCGGAGAAACUUCCGCAAGACCUAGAGGAAAAUAUACUCUUUCUCAUUCCUUCAAAACCUCUCGGUCGAUUCAGAUCCGUUUGCAAACGAUGGAACGAUCUUUUGAACGACAAAAAGUUCAUCAAGACACAUUUGGCUCGUGCCCGUCCACACUUUGUCUUGCUUUCUGAAUCCAUGUUUUGUUCGGUGGAAGUUAAUCUUGAUGGUCCAUCUAUAAAAGUGGAUAACAUACCCUCCCACAUUCCCGGUUAUAAACAUCGAGACGUCGUGAAAACCGAACACUGCGACGGGUUAUUAGUUUAUGUCACGGAAUCAGCGGGGUACGGGGUUUGCAACCCAUUGAUGAAACAUGUUAGAUGGAUCAAACCGAAACUAGUUGAUUGUUGUUACAAUGGGACGGGAUACGACUAUAGUAGACUCGAUAAUCAUUACAAUAUUUAUGGUUCUUAUGGUGGUUAUCGCGCCGAGUUGGGAUCCAAUACACGGAAAUUGUUUGAGGACGUUGUACAUAUGUGGGAUAUCACUGCGUCAAAGUGUAGUGUAUCUCUGAAUGGAACUUUGUAUUGGCUUUCUUUAAGUAUUCAAUUUACUAAGUAUUUUAUCCAAAGCUUUGAUUUUUCGAUAGAGAGUCUCAAACCUUAUUGUACCAUACCUGAUGAACGUAUGCUAUGCGAUGUUAUAGUUCUUGCGGUUUUUAUGGGAAAUCGGUUUUCGAUUUUAAAGCAAGAACGUGAAACAAGGAAUAUGGAGAUUUGGGUGACAAAAAAGGCGAUUAAAAAUGGGAAUGGGGAGGGUGUGGAGUGGAUGAAGUUCAUGUAUGUGUCAGUUCCUACAUGGUCGAGUUUAGUAGUGUAUGCGCCAAGUUAUUACAUCGACGAGAAAAGUCACAGUCUCGUAUUGUGUAGCCUUAAUAACAAGGAUAACACUUGCAUCUAUAUUGCAAAGGGAGAUAAGUUCUAUGAAACUGAGAUAAAGGACUUGGUUGGGUAUAAAACACAUCAUCACACAUAUUUUCCAAGUUUGGUCCCAGUUCCUGACGAUUAUGUUAUCCAACAAUUCGGGUCAUACUUUGCACUCCCCAACGAACUCUGA